AUGUUGCAACGAAAUCUAUCUCUGGCACAAAUCAUGGGCCAACCAAAUCUAUCUGUAGUACAACUAACUACAUCUAUCUGUAGUAAUAGUCAUCAACCAACCAAACCUACAUGUACUACUUGUCAUGGGCCAAACAAAUCUAUAUUUAGUAUUAGUCAUGGGCCAACCAAAUCUAUCUCUAGUACUAGUCACAGGACAACGACAUGUAUCUCUAGUACUACUCAUGUUUCAACCAAAUCUAUCUCUGACGCAAGUCAUGGGCCAACCAAAUCUAUCUGUAGUACAGGUCAUCGACCACCUAAAUCUAUCUGUGGUACUAGUCAGCGGUCAACCAAAUCUAUAUGUAGAUCUAGUAAUGAGCCAACCAAAUGUAUCUAUAGUACUUAUCAUGGGCCAUCCAAAGUCGUCUGUGAUACUAGUCACGGGCCAACCAAAUCUCUUUGUAGUACUCGUCAUGGGCCAACCAAAUCUAUAUAUAAUACUAGUCAUGGGCCAAUCAAAUCUAUCUCUGUUACUAGUCAUAGUUCAACCAAAUCUCUCUGUGGUACUAAUCAUGGACCAGCGAAAUAUAUCUUUAGUACUAGAGUACUAGUCAUACAUGGGACCAUCAAAUACAUCUAUGGUACUAGCCAUGGUCCAGAGAAAUCUAUCUUUAGUACUUGUCAUGGGCUCUCCAAAACAAUAUAUUAUACUAGUCAUGUUCCAACCAAAUCUACAUGUAGAACUAGUCAUAGGUCAAUCAAAUUUAUCUCUGGUACUAAUCAUGGGCCAGCCAAAUCUAUCUGCAGUUCUAGUCAUGGUUCAACCAAAUCUAUCUGUGGAACUAUUCAGGGGCCAAUUAAAUCUAUCUAUAGUACUGAUUUUGCGCUAAGCAAAUCUACAUGUGCUAAUAGUCACUGGCCAAGCAAAUCUAAAUAUACUACUAGUCAUGGGCCAAACAAAUCUAUCUAUGGUUCUAGUAAUAGGCCAACCAAAUCAAUUUGUAAUACUAGUCAUGAGCCAACCGAAUCUCUCUGUAUUACUACCCCUGGGCUAACCAAAUCUACCUGUACUACUAGUCAUGUGUCAACAAAAUCUACAUAUAGUACUAGUCAUGGGCCAACCAAAUCUACAUGUAGUACUAGUCAUUGGCCAAACAAAUCUAUCUAUACUACUGUUCAUGGGCAAACCCAAUCUACCAAAUAUAUCUGUGUUAAAAUUCAUGUAACACCCAAAUCGAUCUGUGUUACAAACUUUAUCUGUAGUACUAGUCAUGAGCCAACCAAAUCUAUCUGUAGUACUAGUCACUGGACAACCAUAUCUAUCUGUAGUACUAGUCAUGUGUCAGCCAAAUCUAAAUGUGGUACUAGUCAUGGGCAAACCAAAUCUACAUUCAUGUUGUUCCCAUUUUCAAUUGGAAUGCCAUUAUCUAUCUAUCUAUCUAUCUAUCUAUCUACAUCUGUUUGUAUCUAUCUAUCUAUCUAUCUAUCUAUCUAUGUCUGUUUCUAUCUAUCAAUAUCUGUUAAAUCUAUAUCAACCCAUAACUACCUUGAUCAUUUGCUAUUCAUCCCAUUGUUCUUAACCUUUCCUCCUUCUUCUUUCUUAUAUGUGUGUUAUAUUCUUUCUUUCUUUUUCAUUCCUACCAUAUACACCUUUCUGUCUAUCACUGUCAGUUCCUGUCUGUCUAUCUAUCUACCUAUCAAAAUGUACAUCAACCUGUAUCUAUUGGAUCCAUUGUUUUUAAAAUUUACUACUCUUUCUUUCUUAUAUGCAUGUUAUCUUCUUUCUUUCUUUCUUUCUUUCUUUCUUUCUUUCAUUCUUUAUUUCUUUCUUUCUCAUUUCUAUAAUAGACACCUUUCUCUCUAUCACUGUCAAUUCCUUUCUAUCUAUCUAUCUAUCUAUCUAUCUAUCUAUCUAUGCCUGAUUCUUUCUUUCUUUCUAUCUGAUAAAAUCUACCUACCUUGA